UGGGGAGGGAAGUAAUGAUGCUGCCUGCCCCCAAGUGGCUAUCUCAUCAGCUGGGCCUGGCAGGCCUGGAGCCUAGGCUUUCUUCCAUCCCAUUGCUGGCCUUCCUGGCCCUUGGCACCUGGAUCCUGGUCAAGGGCCUAAUCUGUGUCCAACAAUACUAUAUCAACUGCCAGAGGCUUCAAUGCUUCCCUCAGCCCCCUCUUAAGAACUGGCUCUUUGGCCACCUGGGCUUGAUACAUAAUUCUGAAGAGGGUUUGCUGUACAGUCAGUCUCUGGUCUGCAGCUUCAGAGAUGUGUGCUGCUUGUGGGUAGGGGCCUGGUGCCCUGUGAUACGCAUCUUCCACCCCAGUUGCAUCAAGCCAGUCCUCCUGGCCUCAGCCACUGUUGCACCCAAGGACAAAUUCUUCUAUGGCUUCCUGGAACCCUGGCUGGGGGAUGGGCUGCUGCUGAGUAAAGGAGACAAAUGGAGCCGGCACCGGCGCAUGCUCACCCCAGCUUUUCACUUUGACAUCCUCAAGCCUUAUGUGAAGAUCUUCAACCAGAGUGCAGACAUCAUGCAUGCAAAAUGGAGGCGGCUGUGUGCUGAGGGCAGCAAUUACCUGGACAUGUUUGAACACAUCAGCCUCAUGACCCUGGAUAGCCUGCAGAAAUGCAUCUUCAGCCACAACAGCAACUGCCAGGAGAAGCCAAGUGCCUACAUUUCAGCUAUCCUGGAGUUGACUUCCCUUGUGGUAAAGCGUUAUAAUCAACCACUUCUAUACUGGGAUGCCUUGUACUAUCUCACCAGCCAAGGAAGGCGUUUCUCCCAUGCCUGCCAUCUGGUGCAUGAUUUCUCAAAUGCCGUCAUCCAGGAACGACGCUGUAUCCUUGCACAACAGGGGCCUGAGGCCUUCCUCAGGGAAAAGGGCAAAAGCAAGACCAUUGACUUCAUAGAUAUUCUCCUAUUGGCCAAAGAUGAAGAUGGAAAGGCUCUGUCAGACAAGGACAUCCAGGCAGAAGCUGACACGUUCAUGUUUGGAGGCCAUGACACAACUGCAAGUGGUAUCUCCUGGGUCCUCUACAACUUGGCUCAGCAUCAGGAGCAUCAGGAGCACUGCCGCCAGGAGAUACAAGAGCUCUUGGGAGGUCGUCAGCCUGAGGAGAUUGAAUGGGAUGAUCUGGCCCAGAUGCCUUUCCUGACUAUGUGCAUCAAAGAGAGCCUCCGGUUGCACCCACCAGUUGCCAUGGUCUCCCGCUGCUGCACCAAGGACAUCCAGUUGCCUGACGGGCGGAUCAUUCCUAAAGGAAACAUCUGCCUGGUCAGCAUCCUAGGAACUCACUACAACCCUGCAGUGUGGCCCAAUCCUGAGGUUUAUGACCCAUAUCGCUUUGACAUCAAGAACCCCCAAAAGAUUUCACCUCUGGCUUUUAUACCCUUCUCAGCUGGACCCAGGAACUGCAUUGGCCAGAAUUUCGCCAUGUCUGAGAUGAAGGUUGUGCUGGCCCUCACCCUACUGAGGUUCCGAGUCCUCCCUGAUAAACACCCAGUCCGAAGGAAGCCAGAAAUUAUUCUCAGAGCUGAAAGUGGACUGUGCCUGAAGGUGGAACCACUGUUGGGUCCCUCCAGCCCUGAGUCACAGCUGCUCUAUGCUGCUUAGGAAUGAUGCCUGGAUAUAUCCUUCUGCUUUGGAGCCUGGAAGCCUGCUUUCUAGCUGCCCAUCCAGCCACUCUUACCUUGAUUGUAAUAAAUAAAAUAAAAUAAA